ACUGAAGCGGCUGUUUCGAGUUUGGUCGGUACGAGUCUUGGAAUAUCCACAUGGAUAGUUCGGGUUCGUGUUUCUUGCUCGUUGGAAUUUUCACAGGCUAUUGUUGUUAAUGAUUACGCCAAGAAGUAAAUGGUCAUUUUCUCAUCCAGGUCGAUGAAUUGUGGAUAUAAAAUUAUUUACCAAGAUUUUCUUCCACACAAUGAAGUUUAAUCAAACAUCUGUGGAUUCAUCUUUGGGUAGUCUUUCUGUAUCGUCCGCUGUCGAUCGAUCAUAUGACUCGUUCUUGAACAAUGUGGAUACACAACCGGGUGCAUUACUUUCUGAACUUUUGUCAGAUUGUACACCACUUGAUUGCUUUGUUUCAAGCACUGUACAAUCAUCCAAUAGUCAAGAUAAUAUAUCUUUAUCACUUUAUGGAGUAUCAUCAUCUUCCAAUAAUAAUAGUGAUAACAUUAAUAAUAAUAGUAGUAAUGGUAAUAAUAACAUUACGAAUACUAUUGAUGAUAUGAAUGGAAUUUAUGGUCCAAUAAAUCCUAAUUCACAUGAUUGCUAUCGAAAAAAUUCUACAAUUGAAUUAAAAUCUGAUCCAGAUAUAUCAUCUAAAUUUAUUCAAGAACAGUCCAAAGAUAGUGGUGUGCUGCCAGUGAUGUCGAAACUUGAUAAUUCUAUUAGAGAUUCAAUUUUCUCUGACCGUUAUGAUGCAGAUAAAAAUAACAACACUAGUAAUGUCACUUCCACCACUAAUACUACUGCGGUUACUACUACGUCUACUUCUCCUUCUACUACUACUACUACUACUACUACUACUACUACUACUACUACUACAACUACUACUUCUAUCAUUAUUAAUAAUAAUUAUUAUGAAUCAGAUGUUAAACACUAUACAAAUACAUCAUCAACAUUGAAUCAAUCCACCAUAGUUUCAUUAUCACUGACAACAACAAUAACAACAACACCGACACCAAUCAUAAAUCAAGCCGCUUUAAUUGCAGCUGCCUUAGCGAAAGCAUCUGCAGACAAGACAAUGAAUGGUCCUUUCUCACUAAUUGAACGUAAUACUACCAUACCACUUAAUAAUAAUUUAGGAAUGAUGAAUAAUAAAUCACGUAGAAAUUCAUUAACAAUACCAAAUCAUAAUAUACAUUUAUCGUCAUUAGAUGAUCAAAGUAAAUUAAUUAGUCAAAAAACUUCUAGUUCUGAAAAACACUUCAUUGAACAAAUUAGUUCAAAUAAUGAGCAAAGUCCUAAUCGUUUUCAUUCUUCAGAAGAAUUUGAUAAUCUAUUGGAUUCAAAUACACCUAUAUUAGAUUUUACUUUCUCCGAUGUACAGUAUUGGUGUAGUGUCUUUUAUUAUGAAUUAAAUACUCGUGUUGGUGAUGCAUUUCACGCUGGUCGGCCAACGUUAACAAUUGAUGGUUUUACUGAACCGUGCUAUCGUUCUGAUCGAUUCAGUUUAGGCAGCUUAAGUCAUGUUAAUCGACCUUUGCAAGUUGAGACGACUAGAAGACAUAUUGGUCGUGGGAUACGACUACAUCAUAUCGGUAGUGAGGUUUACCUUGAAUGUUUAAGUGAUGCUGCAGUUUUUGUUCAAUCACCCAGUUGUAAUCGUUUCUACAGUUGGCAUCCAGCAACUGUUGUCAAAGUCCCACCAAAGUGUAAUUUAAAACUUUUUGAUAGUGCAGCAUUUGCUAGUCAGUUAGCUGAUAAUAUGUCACGUAGUUAUGAAUCUGUCUUUUCACUAACUCAUAUGUGUUCAAUACGUGUUAGUUUUGUAAAAGGUUGGGGAGCAGAAUAUAGAAAACAUUUUUAUUUAAUUUAGAAGACAAACAAUAACCAGCACACCAUGUUGGAUAGAAGUACAUUUAAAUGGACCAUUAAAAUGGCUUGAUCGUGUACUUCGACAAAUGGGUUCACCUACACUUCCAUGUACAUCAGUGAGCUGAGAAAAUUUUUUUUUGAAAGAAAACAACUAAAUCAGAACACACCUAAUCGAUCUCAUCCACCUAUUUUAUUGUAUUAUAUUAUUACUAUUAAUUAAUAAUCUUCACGGCUGGUAACUAAACACACAUACAUGCACACGCACACAACCGCCAUCGACCCCAUCAUUAUCUGUUCGUUACAUAUGUUUUGUUUUUAAAAUGUCUGUGUUCUACUUUGGUUUCUCCGACGGGAUAGAUGUAAACGAGAAAGAUUCACUACUGAUGAAAAAAAUGUAAUAAACAAUAGCAGUAGUAUAUAUAUUACUAUUCGUAUCUCUUGUUUUAAUGUUUAAUAUAUAAGUUUUUAGAUGAUUCUUCGUCAGUAUAUUGAAGUUAAUUGUCAUCUUAGCUAGCAUUUACGCUAUACUUAAAAAUAAUGAUAUGAUUGAAAAUUAUGGCGAACACUUAAAGAACGGUGUAAUAUAUAUACGUAUACAUAUAUAUAUGUACACUUGAUCUAGGAAUAAUGAAUGAAUGAAUUAGAUAUAUUUCUACUGAAUUAGCAGCAAAGAUAAUUUUAUUGAAUCUUUUUUGUUUCCCAUAGAUUUUUUUUACUGAUUUGCCCUUCCCUCUUUUGGUUAUCCGUUUCUCUGGCUUCUUAGUAUUCUAUUUCUUUUUGUUGUUUUUUUGUAUUUCAGUUGAGUCGAUAUUCUGUGUACGUGUACUAAUACUAUUACCACUAAUGUUUGUAAUACUAAUAAUACGAACUCUGAAUGAUGAUAUGUUAGACAGCGUAUGUUAAACAGUAGUAAUGUGAAUGUAUUAUUUCUGUCUAUGUAUACACAUUUAUUUAUUCAUUUUGUUCGUUCUUCAAGUUGAUUAUUCGUUGGUUUGUACAAAAGUGUAAUUUUCUCUUCUUUUUUUCCUUUCGAAUAGUAAAUAUUGCUUACCCAUAGACAGACAAACGAAGCACAUUUAAGUAAACAAGAGACUGUUCUAUCUAUUCACCCAACUUUAAAUUAGUGCACUUUUCUUUUUGUUUUGCACGAUCGAUUCUUUGUUUAUUUUGCUUAUCUAAGUAAAAACACCCUGUUGUGGAUAUUAUUUUUCUAAACUAACGUAUGUUCUUCUUCCCCUUUUCUUUAUAUAUAUAUACGCGAACUUCUUUUUUGUCAUUCAAAGUUUUACUGUCAUCGUCGAUCAUAUUACUUAUAAUUAUGUUGAAAUUCUUUCUUUUAAAGAGUAUUU